GGGUUGAAAAUUAGCUUGGGAUUUUUUUAAGCUCUCUUUUUGCCGUUUAUCUUAAACAAAGAUGAAGAGUACAAGAUGAUCCAAACUUUUAGAAGAACUCCAGUAGGCAUUAUGAUAUAGUCUUGACACUCAAGAUGAUAGGAGGCUCAAGAAUCUGAAGACAGGCUUGGCUACAGAGUGGGACCCUGUCUCUGACAUUAAAAAAAAAAAGAAAAAAGAAAAAAAAAAUAGUGACUAGUGAGAUGUCCAUGGCAGAGUCACAGCAUUAAGCUUCUGGCAUGGUGGAUGCCAGGAAAGCCGGGGCUCGCCUCAACCUAGCUUCCUCUCCUGUUUCCUUGUGGGAGAGACACCAAACAUGUUUUCUGUUUAUGCAAAUUGUGUGAGCGCAUGUGGGGCGUGGGAUAGAAAUGCCUUUUCUUGCUUGUUAUCUCUGUUUUUUCUACUUAAGGAAAGUGAGGCUUAGAUGCCCACAGCAGCAGAGGAGCAGGUCCCAGCCCCAGCCUGCUUUGGAAGGAGGCUGACACCACUCCCAGCCCAGCCUGCUUCCUGAGCUUCCCCACCCCACCCCAUGCCACUGCGGGCCCCGCUGCUGUGGUUCCCAGGAACAUCCCAGAGAAGCACAAUGAGGCAUGGUGUGGCUUCAUGGUGGGGGCCUCAGAGAUAGGAAGGGGGUCCCCUCAUACUGUCUGCGUGAAUGAAUCCUGGAUGAACACACACACACACACACACACACACACACACACACACACACGUAGCCUAAGUCCCCGCUGGGCUGGGCCUGUGCAUACCAGGGUUAUCAGCAUAGGAAGGCCAUUAUCAAACAAGGGCAGAGCUGAGGGAAGGAGACCUGAUGGGACCAAAGCCCAGUGGAGAGCUGACUCCUAAGGUUGGCCAGAAAACCACUUUAGCCAGUGGGUCACAACCUCUACAGGGAUCAAAUGACCCUUUCACAGGAGUCGCCUAACGCCAUUAGAAAACACAUAUAUUUGCAUUACGAUUCCUAACAAUAGCAAAAGUACAGCUAUGAAGUAUUAACGAAAAUAAUUUCAUGGUUGGGGGAGUGAGUCACCACAACAGGAAGAACCGGGAACAGAAUUGGGAAGGUUGAGAACCACUGACCUAGGCUCUGCCUCCUCUCAAGACAGCUAAUGUAAGGAAGAGAAGGAAGCAGAAAUAAAAGAGGCUGAAGAAAGAGGUGAGGAAGACAGACAGGCAUGUUCUGAAGCCCGGCUCUCUAAGUCUGGAGCCACCUUGGCUAGGGUCUUCUUGCCAAGGAAGACCCCCUGGGCAAGAGGCAGUUGAUGAGUGAGCACCACCUGGUGGUCAGUCUCCAAAUGGUGCCUCUAGGGAACCCGAGUGAUGCCCCCUCCAUCCUCCCUGCUGAAGAGUGUGUUUAAAAGGUGACCUUAUUUAUUCUGGACAGCAACAGGCAAUACAAUUUGCUGUUUUCCUUCGCUGGUUUUGCAGGCUCUGGGUCCUCCACCCCCACCCCACCCCCCUGGGAAGUCAUAAAAGUCACUUGGAAAUUUUAAAGUUUCCCGUGCACAGGCUUUAUCCCAAACUGUAUGGACCUGGCCUGGUCAUGGCCUGUGCAAAGACCCUUUCAAGCUCUGUAAGGUGAAGCUGGCCAGGGAAUCUGCCACCUGAUGCUUGUUUUGCAGUCAUCUUUCAAGCACAUCACCUCCUUCUGGUCACCGUUUCCUGCCCCUGUCCUGACCUGUGCAGCAAUACAGGGGUCCCAAGGUCCUACCCUCUACUCCUCACCCACACCCAGAUUCAGGGACGUUUUAGGCUGAGCUGUGGGCACAGGGCCAUCUCUGUGAGCCUCGAUUCCCCGCUUCUGCAAUUCAGAACAGAGUUGACAUCAGAACUGUUGGGGGAUCACUGACCUGUGAGAAUUUACGAAAGUGAGGGGCUCUUUUUCUAGAAGGAGGAAUGUAGGUAGGCAUACUAGCCCUGCCCUGUGGGCAAGUAAGGGAGACACAGUGGGUGCCUUUUCCUAGGUCACCAUCUUCAUCCCCACAGGGACUCUCAGAGGGUCCUCUUCAAGGUCUUGCCUCUCCAAGUGGGGGUCCAGAUGGGCAGUGCCACCCCAGUGCCAAGCCUCCUCUCUUCUUCAUCACAUAGGGCAACUCCAGCUUGCUCACCCACCCUGAUUUUGACAUGAUUUCUUUCGAGAACCACACCAAAGUUUCAUUUUCUCUUUCUCCAGAAAGCCGGCGGGCGGGGUGGGGGAAUGGAGCCAUUUCAGUACAGUAUUUGUUUCCGGGGUGGAAACAGCUGGUGUCUGUAAGUCCAAGAAGCCACCCCUUUCCUGUGGACUCAGAGCCUCAGGCUCGGCCACCUUGCCGGAACUUGCCACCCCAGCCCUAAAGGUGCCCUGAGGCUGUUGUGAGCAUGGCAGAAGCUCCUGCUGACCCGAGCACAGGAGACGAUUUGGAGCAAAAGAUCCUGCAGGUGUUGAGUGAUGCUGACAGCCCUGUGAAGAUUGCCCAGCUGGUGAAGAAGUGCCAAGUGCCCAAGAAAACACUCAAUCAAGUCCUUUACCGCCUGAAGAAGGAGGCCAAAGUGUCCUCUGUAGCCCCUGCAACAUGGUGCUUAGGCGGGGAUGCUUCUGCAGAAGAGCCUCCUGCAGCCCCUGAGGACCCCACUGCCCAGCCUAGUCUCGAUGAAAGAAUCUUCAGAUUCCUGGAGGCCAACGGCCCCUGCAAGGCCCUGCAUAUCGCCAAGGCUCUGGGAAUGAGGACUGCCAAAGAUGUGAACCCACACCUGUACGCCAUGAGGAAUAGCCACCGUCUGAGCUAUGAUGGCCAGAUGUGGACAAUCUAUGGCUCAAGUUGGGAAGGCCCAGAGCUAGUAGCUCAUUCUGGAGUCCGAGAACGGUCCACUGCGAUCAUUUACCAGCAGAAUCCAGUCAACAUGAUCUGCCAACAAGGAGCCAACAGCCACAUCUCCAUUGCCAACUCAGAAGCCAUCCAGAUUGGGCACAGGAAUGUCAUGCAAAUGCAGAUAGCCUGUGAUGAGCUCGGUCCCAGGCCCCCCCACCAUCUCCCUCUACCUGUGUCAGAGGACUCCUCUGCUCCGGGCAUCACGCCUGGUGCCUUUGGGUCUCAGCACAUCCACAUGGAGAGGUCCCUUCUCCGGCGAGUGCAGCUGGGCCACGGCAAUGAAAUGAGCCUCCAGAGGGAUCCGGCGGAACACACCACUUACAGCUUUACUGGCAGCCCCCCAGUCUCAGCCACCACUGCUGACCCAGGAACUUCGUUCAACAUGGAAACACCUGAGCCAGGCCCUCACGCUGAGGGGGAUGCAGCCCAGAGAGUCCAUAUCAAAUCCAGCUUGAUGGAGGACGCCAUCAUCGGCAACUGCAACAAGAUGACUGUCCACUCUGGGUCAAAGGGUGGAGUCACGGGGUCUGGAGACAGCGACAGCGAGGAGCCGGAGCCGAAAGAAGACACAGAUACAAGUUCUAAAGCCACGCCAAACGGAAACUCCUCCCACACUUCCAGCAACUCCAUACUGCUCACCUCUGAGCUGAGAGCGGUGACUCUGGAAGACAGUGACCCCCAGACCACAAAACCUGUGCUUAGAGAGGAGGUAGUCCCGGACACGGGGAGCGGCCAGACUCAGGAGUGAGGCCAGAAAACAAUGGAGCAAUAGGACCCAUAGGCUGCCACCUCUGCCACCAUGAGCCAAGCCAACCUUUCCUGCCUCAAGGUCAAUCAAUCAGUCUAUCAAUCAAUCAAUGAUAUGAGCCAGCUCUGCUACACCUGGGUGUUCUCCAGAAGGGGAAAGUCAGCACAGCACAGAGAUACCUGCCCAUCCAUGUAGAUCUGGAACUGACCUUUGCUGUCUAACAGUAAAAGAUGAAUAAAACAA